CUCCCAAAAAGCAAAGCCCCCCUCUUCCCUUCCCAAUUCACAACAAAUUUCAUCUCUUUUUUUUUUUUUUUUAAUUUGAAUUUAAAAUUUUUUAAUUUUUUUUCUCUUCGUCUUUCUUUUUUCUCUAAUGCAAAAACCCUAAAAACCUUGAUUUUAUCUGACCCAUUUCCUGUUCCAACCCGACCCGAUCUGGAUCCAAUUCCAUUUUUCCCUUCUCUUCAACUUGGAAAAGGAGAACACAGAUAAAGAAUCCAAACGAAAAUUAAAAAGAACAAGAAAAGAGUGAAAAAGAGGAUUUUUUUUGUUCUUUUGAGAGAGGGAAAGAGAGGGGAGAAAUGUACAAGAACCAGCUACAAGAGCUGGCGCAGAGGAGCUGCUUUAAUCUUCCUUCCUACACGUGCAUUAGGGAAGGUCCAGACCACGCGCCAAGAUUCAAAGCCACCGUUAACUUCAACGGCGAAACCUUUGAGAGUCCUCACUAUUGUUCUACUCUCCGUCAAGCAGAACACUCCGCCGCUGAAGUCGCCCUCCAGUCCCUCUCUAACCGUGGACCUUCUCACUCUCUCGCCGCCAGAAUCCUAGAUGAGACAGGGGUUUAUAAAAACCUCUUACAGGAAAUUGCACAAAGAGUUGGAGCUCCAUUGCCACAAUAUACAACAUUUAGAUCAGGCCUUGGACACCUGCCUGUUUUUACGGGAACAGUUGAAUUGGCUGGAAUUACAUUCACAGGGGAACCUGCUAAGAACAAGAAACAAGCAGAAAAGAAUGCAGCCAUGGCAGCAUGGACAUCUCUAAAACAAUUGGCAAAAGAAACUGCAAGUUCUUCUUCAGAGCCAGAGAACAAUGAUGAGCUUGAACAGAUCACAAUAGCUCGGGCAUUGUUGAAUUACCGAAUAAAGGAAAAGAUGGCUAUGGCAAACUCCUCCGAUGCCCCAAUACCAUUUACAAAGAAGUUUCCCAUUCAGAAUCCAAGACCAACAAGUCCACAGCCUCCUGCUACCACCUCAAAAAUCCUUCCCUUAAUCUGCCCGAAGGUGGCUCCUCGUAACAGAUCUAUGUCAGCGACAGCAAAUGACAAGCCCAUACUGCCAUCAUUGCAAGCACCUGCUCCUGAAAGUCGUGGGGCUUAUCCACAGAAAUUCCCUGCAGCUGGAGCAACUCCUUAUGUUCCCAUUCGACAAUUUCGGUCAGCUUGCCACGGCAUUGCUCCACCAGUGACAAUAAGAACAGCAGUGCCUGUUUUCUCUGCACCUCCACGUCUGCCAAUAUCUGCAGUAUCCCCUCAGCCACCAGCAUCUGCCAUUCCUACUCCGCCAGCACAGUCUGUUCUUCCCGUGCAGCCACCACAAUAUUCAGUUUCCCCUCAGCAAUCACCAUGUAAACUCCCCACCCACCUGCUGCGAGCUCCUCCCGUGUGUAUUGCUCCACCUGUCACCAUUAGGCAAGUGAUUCCAGUAUUUGCCGCUCCACCAGUACGGAAAGAAGAUAUUCCAUCGGUUAGAGAUGAAGAUAUUGCAACUGUUACUGCUUCUGCCCUGCCUGUUGAACCACCGGCUCAAGUAGAGGAAGCUGCAAGCACAACAGCAAAGAACCUGCAAGAAUUUGGGACAGUACAGAGUCUAGAACAACUCAAAAAUCUGAUGGUAGUGAAGGAGCGAAUUUGAGGCAAUAGGACAAGAGCUAUGGUUUUGUGUUGGUACCCAGUUUGUUUUGUUACUUUUUGUCAUCUCAUCAUAUUAGUGUUUUUAUCUUAUCCUUUCUGUUUUUCUAUUUGUUUAGCAUCUUUUUUGUUUUCUUAGAAGCUACAGUUUCUGCAGGUUAAGUUAAUAUCAGCAGUUCCAAAUCAUUGCAAUUAAAGUCAUACUAUGUCUAGAGUGAUGUUGAAAGGGCAAUUCUUAUUUAGUUUAUUUUAUUACCCACUGCAGUAGGUUCCCCUGCUAAAAGAAAUGAAGAACCCCUGAAUCUGAUGAGACACGAAUGAUCUUAUGAUUUGCCAAUUGGGAGGAAAUGGUUCUGCCUAUUCAAUGCUCCUCUCAAUACAAUUUUGUGAUGAGUUUGCCCUAUAUGUUGUAUUUCAAAGGAGCUGUUUCUAGCCAAGCUAAUAAAUUAUAUUGAAAUCAAAACAAUAAGCAAAGAUUUAAUUGGUUUUAAAGAGUAUUGAGUAGCUUUUGCAUACUCUGACAAUGGCUAUUGCAUUCUGCUGCCUCUUGUAAUGGCUGCUCUAUUAUACGGUGCUGUAUCGUUGAAUAGCAAAGUAUUGUAGAUGACAUGAUCACAAUGGGACCUAGAAUUUCCUUUAAUUCCAAGAAAAAAAUUGACCAAAGUGGUCCCUUGGGAGGACGAUGUAAUUCAAUCAGUUGAAAGUGUACCUUGAUAGGGUUGUUAAAGCAUUGCAUAUUAGGCUCCACUCAAGCACUGUUCUUCAUGCUGAGAUUGACAGCACCAUAUUUUAGAAUGCUAACCAUACAAAAUGGGUUGGUUUCAGUCGUCUGAAAGGAACAUCCUCACUAGCCUGUAAGCCAGAAAACAGGCUUCUUUUAUGUUUGAAAAUUUUUCACUGUUGAGAAUAGGACCGAAGAUCUUUACUGGCCAAAAUGCAAUGUCUUUGUCACUGGUCUAGACUAUAGGGCCUAACUGGCAGAUAAAACAGAUGAUAUGGCUUUUUUAGGCCUCUUUGUUUCUUUACUCGAAGAGCAGGACAAGUCAUAAAGCCAAACUAGUGCUGAGUAUUAGUUCUAACAGGGCUUUGCCUGCCUGUCUGUCUCCUUCAGAAUAAAUACUAGCAAAAGCACAAAAUCAUAACAACCAUAUAUCUCCUAAAGAACAAGAGUAUGCGGU